AUGUCUUCCUCAAACAAAAUUGCUUACCAUGCUCGCUCCAUCAGUUUGCCCACCAGGUCUAACCCACUUGCUGCUGCAGUUGAUGCACAAUUGUGCAAAUUGAGAUCCUCAGAUCUCACCUCAUCCAUCUCCAACAACUUGGUUGAUCUUAAGGACUUGUACGAAUGUUUUCAGGAUUUCCUUUCUACCAAAGAUGGAAAAUGCUUAGAUGCAGUAUUGGACAGAUCUGUCAUGGUACUCGAUGUUUGUGCAACCAUUAAGGAUGUUUUGUCUAUGAUGAAGCAAUCUGCCCAGGAUCUUCAAUCAUCUAUUCGAAGGCAUCUUAAGAAAAACACUAACAAGAACAAUGAUCUCGUCACCGAUGUCCUAACAGAAGUUGAAGCAACUACUCUGACAGUUUUUGAAUCUGUCUUGUCUUUCCUAUCUGCACCAAAGCAAAGGUCACUUGUCUCAAAGUUGGCCACCAAAAAUGCAACCCAACAAGUUGUCAAUGAAGUGACCAAGAUCGAUGUCGCAUUGAAAUCUAAAGUGAUUGAAGCAAAAGAAGUUCAGACUUCACUGGCUGCCCUUGAGAUGAACCUUCAAGAACUUGAAGAUGGAUUAAAAUCUGUCUUUCGGUGUUUGAUCAAGAACCGAGUUUCACUUCUUAACAUUCUCAACCAAUAG